UUUAUGAUAGCGAACGUGAUAAGUGGAGCGCGGAAAGGAGUGUCUCAAAAAGAGCUCUGUCGUGGAAGGCGAUAGAAUUGAUCGGUCCGUCUGGUUGGCGAUCACGUGAUCGUUCGCCAACCAGACAAAAUAAAAUCUUUUGCCUUUUGAGCUACCGACCGCGAGCAGUUUGUCCAAGUUCUCAUCGCCUCUGCGCAUUAUAUGGCCGAAAUAAGAUACAAUUCGCUGUCGGCAUAUGGUAGCUAGGAGUGUCCGUAUGCGGAGUUGGGGCGCUUCGCAGUCCACGGUAUUCUUAGCAAUCGCCUCUAUGAAAUUUGAAAGUUAGCCAUAUUUUAUGCCGAAAAGUUCUUCGGAACACUCCGCAAUUGCGUGUCGUAUCCAGGAUACGGCAAAACAAUAAAUUAACGAAGCUGGCUCUUAAAAUUGGUUAUUUACACAAUCAACAACGACAACAGAUUAAUUGCAUAGUUAUAGCCACACCUAAUCCAAGCAAGGAAUAAAAGAUUAGCGUUUGAAGGGUGGAAAACACUCCUAUCUAGUAGAAUCACUUAUAUAUUGUAAGCGGAGCGCAUCAUAUCAUUAAUUAGUGCGCGGUUAAUGUAGAGUGUAAGUGAUAUCCUCUAUUAUUGAAGGCGUCUCCGGCUGACCCGGAAACCGUUCGUACAUAAUAAACCUCGCUUUCGGACGGUGAAAGCAAAGAGUUUGAUUACUAUCAUUGUUACGUUACUAGGUGUCGGUAACGAUAGAAACGAACACACAACAUUUGUAGAAAUAUAUAAAUGUGACGGAUUAUCCUUUAAAAUAUCAUAAUAAAAUCAAGAAUGCAUUAUCGUUAAGGCAAAGCAUGUCCGUUUCCAGUUUAUUGCCAGAAGAUAAACGAAAAGAUCAAAGAAUUUCUUUGGAGAGCGUGUACAGCAGCAAUUCGCGACUGAACUUGCUGCAAAAGCGAAAACGAAUGAAUCCGGCUCAGCCGCAGCAUCGACCGCACGGCGAACAGCGCGUGCUGUCUGCUAAGAUGCACCGACUCAAGGCGCUGCAGAACCAGCUCGCCGACGCGCACUUUCACUUGCAGGAGCUGAGCAAUGAAAAUAAAAUCCUGCGAACUAUGCAAAAGAAGCAAGAAGUCGCCCUGCAGAGGUACGACAGUUCGAGUGCGGAGCUUCCGCAAGUUCUGAGCGCGCACAGCGAGGAGAUGCGCGUGCAGCACGCCAAGUACCAGCAGGCUCGCCGUCGCCUUCGCGACCUCGAGGGCCAGCUGCGAGACCGCGACCUGCGUUUGCAGACUCUGCAGGACCAGCACAACCACCUGCUCAACCUCACGCGCGAUAAGAAUCUACCGGAGCGUGAGAAGCUGCAAGCGCAGGUGAGCGAACUGCGAGAGACGGCUCGGCAGCAGCAGGAGACGAUCGCCGGGCUGCAGCGACGACUGGCGCUCGAGGCUAAGAACUUCCGACAUCGGUUGCAGGCCGAAAUCGAUAAGCACCGUGACACACGAAACGACCUCGACCUAGCUAUCAACAACGCCGACAAGCUCUCGACCAUUAUCGAGAUGAAAGAGAAGAUGAUAAGCACGGCCGCCGGUCGCGGUGGAGGUAGAAACUCGCCUCCGAAAAUCGCUUCCGUGGCGCAGCUCGCCAGACCUCUCAGUAAAAAUCGGAAACAUGGCGAAGACUGUUCCGGCGAACGUUAUGUUCCGUCGAGACAGGGUGGAGAUUUCCGUGCACCGAGCGGCUUGUCCGACGAGGACCCGGUGAGUCGUCCCCGAGUUCUUUCCGCCGCGAACGUCGAUCUCGCCAAGGCCGUGCAGGAGGGCAUGGCGGGCGUGGGCAUCCGCGAACAACGGGUCGCCGGCACGGAGAACUCGCAAAGUAAAAUGGAAGUGAUGAAGACGGAUUUAAUGAAUAGAAUAAGAAAUAACGAGGAGCCCCCGUCGCGAAAGACCAGCGCACUCCGACGACAGUCCACGGAGGAGAGCGUCGACGAAUACGUAGUCGAGGAGGCGGGCCGGCUCGAGGUCCGGGUGCGGAGAAGCUCGGGCGUAUCCUUCUACGAGGCCGGUCGCGGCGAAUCGGAGACGGACACGGAGCGCGGGACCGGAGACGGGACGCAGACGGGCAGACGCGCGGAACGAUACUGCAAAGACAUCCUCGAGGAUAUCGAGAAAAGCUCGCGCGUGAUAGACGUACAUGUGCGGCAGCUGUCGGCGGCGGCGGGAGCGGGCGAGCGGCUGGCCUCGCAGCUGCGAGCCGUCGACCGCGUCAACGAGCUGGUGAACGCUCGCGGGGACCUUCCCGCCGGAGCGAUCUCGCAGCUUCAGAACGAGUUCGAGGCCCUGUCGCAACACGCGCUGCCUUCGCGUCUCCGUCCCGCCGCCGAUCUCCUCGGGGACCGGGCGCUCUCCAACCGGGAUCUCCUGGACGACUUACUCGGGAAGAAGUGAAGUCGCGCGUCCGAUUUCGCUCUAUAGAGAUAAACUAUACUUUGUAAAGAUUUUAUUCUAUUAGUAUAAAAGUAAUUUAUUUUUUGACACUUGUUAAAAAUCGACGGUUACAAGAAUUUACCAAAAUGUGUAAUGAUGAAGCCAAAAAAAAUAAUGUCGUGUUAAUCGUAUUAUAUUAGUAUAAUUGGAAAAAUACACUUAUGAGGUGUGCCAUUGUGUAUGCGUGAAGAUUUUGUAAUGUUUGUGUACUUUAUUUAAUUGUAAUGACAUUUUAUUCUGAAUGUGUGAAUAAACGUCAGUUAUUUGUAUUGAUUGAAA